UACAUUGACAUGCAGAUGGGACUGUAUAUGUACAGUAAUGUUAGAGGCAGCACUGCCGGCAUAUUUGUACACAAGUAAUUGAUCCAAACAAAUAUCACGCGAGCGGCGUGCCGAUUCGAUUCAGCCAGAUGCUGGCACUGGUUGUGCGUAUUUGUUGCAGAUUGCAGCUAGGACAACAGCGUUAGGUGCAGCUGGCGAUGAUGUGGCGUGUAACACGUUCGGAAUGAUGCUAUCACUACCAGCUUAAUUUAACACUGUGUUAUGUUUAAUGAUCGGUACAUGGUUGACUCGAGUGCGCUACAAUGGAGUGAAUUGGAUACUAAGACAGCAGUACUCCAACAGUGGAUUUUAUAGUUCCAGCUUUGAAUUGUCUUUCACUUGGUUAGGUGGUUUCUGUCGAUCUAUGAGAAGUGCAAAGUUUGCUGUGAUGUUUUCGGACUAAAAAGACUGCCGGGAUGUUUUUGCUGAUGCUCCCAGUGGAUUUGUAAAAAUCUUGGCUCUUACUCGCAAGUUGCUUCGGUGGAAUUUACAAAUACAUGCAUCUGAUUAGGGACCUGUACGUCUCUGAGCCACCUCUCCAAAACUUGAAAUCUGCAUCAAAACUUCUCCGUCCAGGGCUGUGUUGAAAUUCAAAAAAAUGGCUGACAAGACAGAGACUACAAAUCGGCAGGAACCGUCUAAUGCAACGCCGUUAUUGCUGGAAUCUGGAAAGACCUCUAACUCUAUGGAGUAUACUGCUGAUGCUCCGGUGACCCAGUUUGACCUAGAAGAAUACACGCUGGAAGAUGCCAUCGAGCAGAUCGGCUUUGGAAGAUUUCAAAUGAAGAUCUCAGUCCUUACCGGCCUGUGCUGGAUGGCAGAUGCAUUUGAGAUCAUGCUGCUGAGCAUCCUGGCACCAGCUCUGCUGUGUCGCUGGCAUCUGUCGCGAUGGGAGGAGGCGUUCAUCACAACGGUGGUGUUCGUCGGCUACCUGAUCAGUUCACCGCUCUGGGGCAAAUUCUGCGAUAAAUAUGGCCGGAGAAAAGGUCUGAUCUUUUGCUCCUCCGUCAUCUUGUACUUUGGCUUGCUGAGUGCAGCCACACCCAACUUCACCUGGCUCCUGAUCAUGCGUGGCCUGGUUGGGUUUGGAAUCGGUGGAGCCUCACAAUCAGUGACAUUGUAUUCAGAGUUCCUUCCCGGCAAGAUUCGAGGCUUCUGCAUUGUCUUCCUUGAGGUUUUCUGGGUUUUAGGAGUGGUUUUCGAGGUGCUGCUGGGACUGAUAGUCAUGCCGACGCUAGGAUGGAGAUAUCUACUUUUGUUUUCAGCAUUUCCGUUGCUUUUAUUUGUGAUUUCAUGUAAGUUCUUCCCCGAAAGUGCAUAUUACUACCUCGCCUGUGGUGAUCGAGAGAAAGCGACCGAGAUCCUGAAGCAAGUGGCUGAUGGGAAUGGCAAACCAAUGCCCGCUGGCAGGCUGAAAAUGGACGAAACAACGACUCAGCGAGGGCGCUUUGCAGAUUUAUUUGCGACCAGGCAGACAGCAAUAACUACAGGUUUACUCAUUUUUAUAUGGUUUGUGAACGCCUUUGCGUAUUAUGGAGUUGUCUUACUUUCCACCGAACUUUUCUCUAAGAAUUACAAUUGUGAUGCCACCAGUGAUGCAGUUGAGACAACCGAAACAUGUUUUGAUGACUGUCAAACGCUUCAGACCAGUGACUACGCAUCGCUACUUAUUACUACAUUUGCUGAAUUCCCAGGGAUUGUGAUCACGUUAAUCGUGAUUGAGUUUCUAGGUCGUAAGAAGACCAUGGCCAUCCAGUUCCUGCUCUGUUCUGUCUUCAUAUUCCUUCUCAAUAUCUGCGCUUCGAGGACGGGCUUGACGAUCAUUUUGUUCGUAGCGAGAGCCCUCAUCUCUGGUGGAUUCCAAGCUCUUUAUGUCUACACACCGGAGGUAUAUCCUACCCACGUCCGCGCCAUCGGUCUUGGUUCCUGUAGCUCGGCAGCACGGAUAGGAGCCAUCACCACGCCAUUCGUUGCACAGGUGUUGCUUGCUGGGUCGCCUGCACUAGCUUUCAGUAUCUACGGUGUGACUGCCGUCUUGUGUGCGAUUGCCUGCAUGCUUCUACCCAUCGAGACAAAAGGACGACAGUUGCUGACUUCUGUUCAACAAUUGAAGGAAGAUCUUCACAGACAGAAAUGAAAUUAAACUGCAUAUGGGCUUUGGCCCAGUCUGAAGCUCAUUGGAAUCAACAUGAACAGUUAAGGCACAUGAGCAAUAGAUACGUGAGUAUUCAUCGCAGAAGAUUGCAAGGUUAGGGGGUUUGGGAUUUAUAAAUAACACACUUAUUCAUUGAACGCUGCCAUCAUUUCAAUGUGCAGUAGUAUACAUGUAUAGGCUCCGUGCACAAGUACCCCCUUAAUGGUUGCAAAGAGGGAGUUGGGGGGGGGGGGGACAUUUCAAACUCAUUGCCAAUUGGUCCGGAUGCUCAGUAGUAGGUUUGUACACGUUAAAAAAAAGUCGGGUGUGAACAAGUACGCGCACGCAAGUAUGCAGCUCUCGAAAGUGGCCAGAAAUCACCAUAAUUUUUUUGACCUAAUUAGAUUUUGAAGCACCAACUUUGUCAUUGUUUGUGAAGUAAAGUUUGGACUAAAAUACAAAGUUUGAAUAAUGUUGAAAACAAUGGGAACUGCUGGAUUUAACAAAAACUAAUGCCCCUUUAAUCACACUGAGAUUUCUGUUAUUAGUUGUUUUAAAAUUCUAACCCAAAAAGUUUGUAAAUUUUGACGAAAUGCACUCUAUUUUAUAAAUAAACAAAAUACAAAAAAAAAAGUUGGGUAAGAGUUUAGAUACUAUUUAAUGUAGUGGGUGGAACGUCAUAAUAUAUUUCAAAUAUAGGCAUUAAUUUCUUGCAAUCGUUAAGUCGACCGAUGUUUGGCAUAACAUCAAGUGGAUAUAUAAUAUCAAGUGGAUAUUUUCUAUGAAAGUUCAACAAUUCGUAUUUGUCAAAAAUGCUUGUUUUCUAUGAUAGCACUUAUGGACAGAUUAUUACUAGACAACACUUGUAGCAAGUAUGGACUGUUAAGUUUCAAAGUGGUGACUUUGAGUUAAUAUGUUUGACGAUGGCGCACUGUUGUUUGAAUGGCUUAUGUUGCCCACACUUAGGCCAAAAGAAAAAAUAUUCGGUCUCUGGUCAGACCAAAGUUCCAGAAUUUUUUUUGGCUUUUUUUUUUUUUUUAA